GUGGGAGCGACUUCACUUGCUCAUUCCCAACCGGCGAGGCCCGAAACCACCUUACUAUGACCUCCUGAGCCAGCCACUGACAAAAUAUUGAUAUCUCUGCAUCUACCGUCUCUCUUCUUUCCAUCAUCAUGUCAUCGAUCGUCCGAGACCCGUUCCGCUCAUUUGGAUCUUGCACUUUGCCGCAUCUCGACGAGUCAAGCGACGAUGAAGAGAGGAGCCUCCUCGCCCGGGGCGGCCACAGGGCUCGCCGCCUCUGGGCAGGUUUCAUCGAUUUUGCGAUGCAGGGGAAUAUCCUCGAGAUAGCGUUCGGUCUCAUAUUGGCUGCGGCCUUCACCACCCUGGUGAAUUCGUUCGUGAAUAACAUCUUGAUGCCACCCCUGUCUGUCAUCUUCCCCAUCAACCGUAACAUGGAAGAGAAAUUCGCCGUUCUUAAGCCGGGCCCCGGAUAUGAGCGUGAAUCGGGCUAUACCACCCUUGCGCGUGCCAAAGAUGAUGGCGCCGUUGUACUUGCCUAUGGCUCAUUUUUCAAUAAUGUCGUCUCGUUCUUCUGUGUUGGUCUUUCCCUCUGGGGUCUCGCGCACUUCUAUCAGGUUUUUUCCACAGACCCCAUCAUCAAACACACAAAGAAGUGCAAGUACUGCAGGAAACGGGUGAACGAAGCGGCCCUUCGGUGCGUCAACUGCACCAGCUGGCUCGACGGAAGGGAGGAUCGUAUUGAGCACUAAGAAGCUGGUCUGUUUUCGCAUAGCUUCAGGCCCCUCUUGCUUGACUGUCACGCCCUACCAUGACCUUUAUUCGGUUGCAUCAGCUCGAGCAUGUGUGCCAGCGGAAGCCCCUCCCCGAGGUCUAGUAC